AUGGCACUUCGCGCCGUGCUGACCCUGUGGAGGCGAGCAGAUGAGGUCCCGCUGGGCAUGAAUGUGGCUUUGAACAGGCGCAUGGGCAUCGUAUGGCAUGCGAGGCGCAUGCACGUGAUGAAGGCGAGGCAAGAAGUGGUGGUGGAGAGCAUCUCGCCGUGGACUGCAUUGGACUCGUGGAACAAGUUCCAGGUCCAGGGACCUCAGGAUCGUUCGGUCUAUCCUGGAGAUCGCAUCGUCAGCGUCAAUGGCUUCAUGGCACCAGCCCUGAUGCUCCAGGAGUGCCAGACGAAGUUGCUGCUCAAGAUGGAAGUCAUGCGCGCUGGCUUCAGCCAUUGCCCCUGUCGGAGUUGGUUUGAGGCCUUCGCUGGUGGAAAUGUGCAGGUGUGUCUAGAAUAUUUGGAGACCUUGACCUUUUGCCGUGUGGAGGACAAAGGACGAGCCUCCGCAGAGCUCACGUAUCCGUCUUUCGUGUCCUGUGAGGGUCCAGGCUUCGCGCCGGUGUGGCAGAACUUCCGGCACCUGCGGCAGGAGGCCCUGCGUGUGGGGCUCUCGUCAGAAGCGCUGGUCGAACUGCAGGCGAAAGCCUCCUACAUCAUUGACCAAUGGGGUGAACAAUCGGUGGAGUUUGUCACCGGCUGGCACAAGGAGUUCUUCCAAUUGAGGGACUCCAAUCGUGUGGUCAAGACACCUGAUUGUUGGAAGAAUCAAAGUUGCCAGUUGCCUUUGCACACCUUGUGGCUCCUUCCACUUCCAGAUUCACUCCACGGUGGUUUUUGCUUACAUGGCUACGUGGCUGCGCUCAGUUGCCUCCUGCAUCACUUGAAGGGCCGCAUCACUGGUGCAAAUGCUCAAGCCCUGACAGCUCGGAUGCAGAACGCCUUGGGUCCCGAACGCUCCCUGGAGCUGCUCUUGGAAAGUUCUCCAUGGAAUUUGUCCUCCAUCCAGCUUGGUCUUGAGCCACCACCGCGGCACCUCCCCACCAUCGACUUAACGCCCUGGGCAUGGCAGCCACAGCCGGCCGCGCGAAGCACGCGGAUGCCUUCGCGGGUGCAGGAGGCAUUUGAGUCCUUCAAACCUGCCUCUUUGGCCUUUGUGGGCCACCACGCAGGCAUGUCCUUGGAACCGGCCAUGGCCAUGGCUGCAGUGCUUGCGGAGCUGGCAGAGGAAGAGAGGCUUCAGGUGUCUUUCUUCGGGCAGCACUAUGCAUGCGAGAUCAUCCACCGGUGUGAUCAGGAUGCCCUCCAAGAGGUCUUCCGGCGCUGGAUGUUUCAGCCCGAGCUUCGCGAGGAUCUCGGGCGGCGCACAGCGACACCUGUGGUGUGGCCAGAGCUCCAAAAUGCGGUGCAACAAGAGCCACAGCUGCUGCAGGCAGACGUUUGGGUUUGCACUGGGAUUUGGCCACUCUGCUGGAUGCUGCAGAAGAUCUCCCAGCAGCCAGUCCUCCACUACAUGGUGAACUGGAUUGUCGGGGAGCACACACCACAAGAAUGGCACGUGUCCUUGAUGACGGAAGCCGCACGCAUCGGAGCAGAGAGCAUGGCUGCUGGAGAGAAACAUCAUUUCUGUACCACAGCCUGGGCGCGGCUGAGCAUCGACAUUUCCUACCUGGUCGGGCUGAAGGUACCCCAUGUGGCCACCUUGGGUUGGCACACCUCACUGCACGCGGGCCCCGGCCUCCAGUGGCGCGCGGGGCCUUUGGCCGCGCGCAAAACGGCCUUUGUGCCCCGGAACGUGCUGACACGGCGGGUACAAGGUCAGCUGUUUGCUGCGAUGUUGGGGCACUUCAACCAGUUGCCUUGGGUGCAAAGCGCGGGCAUUGAAGUUGAGGUUUGGCAAGGAGGCUUCGAGAGCAUCAACCGCGAUGCUGGUGAUCCUUGGCGGGGCCAGGCGCACGGAAGGAUUUGGUGGAGUGACGCCGUAGAGUAUAUGGCAGCCGUAUAUUUGGCUGGUGACAUCACCCUGCUGACCUUCAAUGAGCUUUAUGCCAUGCAGGUGCCCACGUUGGUCCCAGAGAUCGGCUGGCAAGCCAGGAUCAUGGCCGACAUGUGCAACACUGGCAUUGGUUGGUUCUUCAAGCAUUCGCCCCUUUACAACUUGCCCGAGGGUGAGGAGAACUUUGCCUUCACCCCCUGGGGCUGUGACUCCCUGGAUCGCUUGCGCUAUUGGCUCCAGACCGCGGAUGCCUGGCGCUAUCCUCACGUGGUCCACGUCACGUCUUUCGUGGACCUCUAUCAGCACUUGCUGCGCUGGGCCAACGACCCUACUGAGCCCCAAAGGCGAAGCGAAGCGAUGGCAAAGUUCCAUCUGGAUUUGAGUAUCAGGAGCCUGGCUUACUUCCGCUCACUCCUCGCGGCCAAGUUGCCCCUGCCGGUGGUCGAGGCGCCCACGUCCAAAGGUGUCGUGGCGGCGCUUCAGGUUUCAGCGCUGCACACCUUGCGCAGGACGCGAGCUUCGCGAACGCGAAGGCGAACGCGACGCGAGCAACCAAGCGAGCUUCGCGAGGCGACGACGAGGCGAAAGACUUCGGGGCGGGACAAGUGGCGCUCGGUGCCGCGAGAUGGAUGGGGAGAGGUGGGUCAUCCCGAGCUGGGUCAUGUUGAGGCCUUGGAGGAACUAGCCACCGGGACAAUUUCCAUCCGCGGGCCCUUCGAUGACACCGUGCUGCAGAUCUUGCAGACCACUAUCGAGCAGACGCUGAAGGCGUUCUGCGCUCAAAGAUCGAUUUUAAUCUUCACCGAGCACGAGGUCGUGAGUUCCGGAGACAACCAGCGAUUCCUGACCCUGGAGUUCCAAAUCCUUCCGCCUAGAGAUGGAGGUGGCGACUGUGCCUGGGAGCUUCUCAAAGCUGCGGAGGGCAAAGAUACAGGGCCUUUCGAGGAUUGCGAAAAUUGUCACACCAAGAAGCCCAUCAUCAGACGAGCGGUUUUGAACCAGCUGGAAAUGUAUGCUAUGACACGUGGCACUCGAACAGAUGGCUGGUAUAUGAAGAUGUUCAGCAUUUACUGCCGGAGGCUUGAGGUGACAAUGCCGCAAGGCUUUCCGUCAAUGAUGCAGAAGGACUACCGCUGUGAGGACUUCUUUCCCGAAGCCACACGAUUUCCACCCGCCGCCGAUCAAUCCACCACACUGCCGCCGGACAACGUGGUCACGACGACCAGAGACGUCGCUGUCUCUGAUGGGGACAUAUGCUCAUGGAUGAGAGAUCCGUGCAUUUGUGCCACAGUGAUCGUUUGUGCUUGGCUGCCCGAUGGAGAGGGCAUCGGUCGUUGUGUCAAGGUGGCCGCGCCGCCCAGUCAAUCCCAACGAUGUGAGAGCUGCGCCGCUCUACCGGAAUGUCCGUCCGAUCCAGUGAGGGAAUGCCCUUUGGCUCUCUCCAUUUGUGCUUGCAGCCUGCUGAGCGCGGGUUGCAAUUGGACAGUGGAGGGAGGCCUAUGCUUUGCGCCAGCAUCAGGGCCGACAGGUGUGCCUUGUUCCCUUUGCCCCUUUGCGAGUGAGAGCUGCCCGAUGCCACGGAUUACCAGAAUCAGCCCAUACUUUGGUGCAGACAUGGGCUGGAACUCCAAUUACGACAUCAACCUGACCUUUGAUCAGCCAGUGCGAUAUCCACAUCCGACCGAUGCAGUGCAAGGUGAGAUGCUUCUGGGCUGCAGACUUGAGGACGGUCAGUUCUUGCCACCCUUGGCACCGACCAAUCGGCGGGCGAGCUUUGUGAUUCAGUUUCCUGCGAGCAAACGGGUGAUGCUCAGCGAUCGUGUAGUGCAACUGUCAUUAGGUUCGGAGGAGUUUUGGUCCGGCUAUGAAUGCAUGCUCAACAUCACACGGGGUGCGAUGGUGGCAAUCCAGGACUCGGUCCCCUGCCUGGAGACCAUGAAGCAUGUGGUGUUCAUACGCGACAACGUGGCACCCUCUCCCGUGCAAUUCGUCCCUCGCACCAGCGAGCUCAACGUGGCCCUCGACCUUUCAGUGGCCACAGUGACUCUCACCGAGCCAUGGUUCCUCAUGGCCCAAGAAGCGGAACUCUGGAAAUUGGACGUCAACGCUGGACCGAAUGAGUACACCUUGGUUCGGAAGUUGCCCCUCCAGAUGUCAGAGUCAGGAAACUUGGUCGAGCAGCUGCUCAUUCGCUUCGGCACAACGCCACUGGAUCCUGACACAGUGUUUUCCAUUCGAGUGCCUCCAGGUGCCUUGAUCGACCGCUCGAACAACCCCUUCGCCGGCAUUGAGGUCACGGACUGGUCCUUCCGAACGGCCGUGGCGGUGGGGGUGGUGGGUGGAGAAGAAGAAGAAGGCCUUUCAGCAAGUGCGAUCACAGGCAUUGUGGUGGGAGCGCUCGCACUGGUUGGGAUAAUCUUGCUAUGCUUUUGCAUCCAGCGCUACAAGAUCAUGGCACAGUUCGAUCGCAGAGUGAAGCCAAUGGAGGGGACGAGCACGCCGAAGGCGUCGCAAGUCUCAGCCCUUCAAAACGAUUCUGAACUCCUGCCCAGCAAUGAGAAGUAUUGGGAAAAGGCUUUGGUACGGACGAAGGAAUUGCCAGGAUCGAGUGACAAUGUGGUGGAUGCUCUGGAGGACUUGCCAUUGACAUUGCCUGGAGAAGUGAAGUCAAACAGGCGUCCUUCCAAUGCGACGGGCAGCGCAAGCAUUUCAAAUCAAAGGCGGCCAUCCAAUGCCAGUGCUGGCCACCCUUCGAAUCAGAGGCGCCCAUCAAAUGCCCCUGCUGGAUUGCCAACAAAUCAGAGGCGACCUUCCAAUGCCAGCGCCGAUCAUCCUUCAAACCAAAGGCGGCCAUCCAAUGCAAGCGCGGGGGGGAGACGCCCUUCCAGCCUUGUUGAGCCCUCAAAUCAGAGGCAUGGGUCGAAGCACAGUGCCGGAGGUGGCAGCAGGAGCUUGGGCAUUCAACCCGACGGAAGAAGCUGGGAAAAGAAAUUCAGACACCACAUGUGA